AUGGAGGGACGUUUGAAGGUUCCGUCUGACAAUGAUAAUAAUGAAAUUGAUGAUGAUAGAUACCUCCAAGAGAUUAAGAGGAGAAGGAUUGAGGUUCCUUAUGGGUUUCAAAAUAAAAGCCAAGAACAUUCGGAAAAUGCCCCUGUGCUUCAAAGAUCUAAUUCAAAUCUGACUUCUUUUUACAAUCAAAAUUUGACAGAAUUAAAUGAAUUACAGGAUAACUUGUUUAAUAAAAAGACAAAAUUGGAUUCUUUGAAGGAUGAGCUUAAUGAGUAUAAGGAGAAUUAUAAGGAAAUACAGAGUAAAUGGGAGAAUUUAAGAGAGUCCAGAGUAUACAAACAAGAACAAUUAUCACUGAAAACAAAUGAAUUGAUCAAGUUAAAAGAUCAGUUUAAGUGUAAAGAAGAUUUCAUGAAUAAAGAACAUGCAUUGAAGUUGAAACAAAUGAAGGCCUCAAAUACUUCAGAUAUCAGCAGACUAUCAAAUAAGUAUAUGUCAGAUAUUGAUAAAUUAAAAUUUGAAAAAAUAAAGAAAUAUGAACAAGAAAGAAAUAAUUUAUUAGAUGAAGUGAACAUAAUAAAAGAAAAAAUAUCAAAUAAUUAUACUAUUGUAAAGAAGAAUAAUGAUGAAGCAGAUUCAAAAUUUGAACAAGAGAAAUCUUCGUGGUUGAAAGAAUUAGAUUCAAACAUCUCUUCAAAUGAAGAAUUGAAGAAAAAAUACAAUGAUGAAGUAACUAAUUUAACUAAUGACUUAAAUGAUAAUUUGAACCCAAAGUUGAAUUCACAAAUAUCAAAAUUAGAGUCUUUGAAAUGUAAAUUAGAUGAGCUCAAAUCUAUAAUGAAUGAGAAAAAAAAGCAUGUAAGCGAUAUAGAACUAAACCUUAUAAACAAAAGACAAGAUAUCAAAAAUGCAAAUGAGAAGAAAUUAGAAUUAGAAAAAUAUAUCGAAACUACAGAAAAUGAAUUGAUACAAAUUGGUGAAAUACUGAUUAAAGAAGAAACUAUGAGAAGAUCAUUACACAAUGAUCUACAGGAACUACGUGGUAACAUAAGAGUUUUCUGCAGAAUACGACCACCUCUAAAAAGUGUAGAAGACAUAAAUACAAAUCACAUAAAGGUCCAGCCGUUUAAUGAUAAUCAUGGAAACCAGUCAAUGGAAAUAGUAAAAGACCAUAGAUGUAUACAAAAAUUUCAAUUUGACAGAAUAUUCGAUCAACAUGAAGUGAAUAAAGACGUCUUUGAUGAAAUUGGUCAACUUGUGCAGAGCUCACUUGAUGGUUAUAAUGUAUGCAUUUUUGCAUAUGGCCAGACUGGUUCUGGUAAAACAUUCACAAUGUUAAAUCCAAAUGAUGGUAUGAUUCCAGCUACUAUCGAUCAUAUAUUUGACUGGACUGAUAGUCUAAAAGAAAGAGGAUGGGAGUAUGAAGUUAGUUGCCAAUUUGUUGAAAUAUACAAUGAAAACAUUAUUGACCUAUUAAGAGAAGAAACUAGUGCAGAAUUAGAUGAAAUUACAAACAAUGGUAGACACGAUAUCAGACAUGAUUCAGAUAAAAGAAUAACCACGAUUACAAAUAUUAAAACUAGCAUUUUAAAGUCCAAAGAUUCUGUAGAUUUUUUGAUUAAAAAAGCAACAAAACUAAGAGCUACUGCUACUACUGCAGCUAAUGAACGUUCGUCACGUUCACAUAGCAUUUUUAUUAUCCAUUUACGUGGUUCAAAUAACAUAACAGGGGAGUCUUCGUAUGGUAUUUUAAAUUUGGUUGAUCUAGCUGGUUCAGAAAGAUUAAAUUCUUCCCAGGUUGAAGGAGCUAGAUUAAGGGAAACUCAGAAUAUUAACAAAUCUUUGAGUUGUUUAGGUGAUGUGAUUCAUGCUUUAGGCAGCAGUGAUGCCUCUAAAAGACAUAUCCCAUUCAGAAACUCCAAGUUAACUUAUUUACUUCAGUAUUCUCUUACUGGAAAUUCUAAAACACUAAUGUUUGUUAAUAUUUCUCCAACGCAGCAACAAAUUCAAGAAACUUUAAACUCAUUAAGAUUUGCAUCCAAGGUCAAUACAACUAAAAUGGUUACUAGAAGUAACUAA